AUGGACACCAUCAUAUCCCUCCAGACUCCGCGGAUCGAGACCUUCAUGGCGCUCCCCGUGCUCGCGCUGUCGAGAAUGUACAUUCCGGCUGUGAGGCUGUGGACGUGGAUUUCCUGCUGGCGCGGGGCAGAAGAGAGGGAGAAGAGUAUCAGAGGAUUCGCCGAGUAUCAGCGUGCGCUGGAUGAGGCCAGUCGGAGAGCUCUGGAAAUUGGCGACGAGGAGAUCGUCAUUGGCCGCUGGGAGCUGGUCGGUUGGGCGGUGGUGACGUGCGUGUUGGGCGUGUUUCAUUUGCCGGGUUGGCUUCUUGGAAAGGUGAAGAGCUUGGUGAAGAAGAUCAGGGGGAAAGAGGUGAAGAGGACGUUAGAGGAAGGGAGGGAGAGGGAGGGAGAGAAGGUGCGUUCAUCGGAUGGGAAAACGGUCUAG